AUAAUGGAGCACAUUGGUGGUGGUAUUUCUGCACGACACUAUAUUGAGGAUGUCAGGAAGCAGAAGGAUUUUCAUGAAGUUAUCAGCGAUUUUGGUCAUCGACUAGGCGUCAUAAUUGCGAAAGUUCAUUUGAACGGUUUAAUGCACGGUGAUUUAACGUCGUCGAAUGUGCUUCUGAGAGAUUCUGAUCCCAAGCGGAUUGUUCUGAUCGAUUUUGGCUUAUCUGAGGGCAAUGCUACAGCUGAAAGCAAAGGUGUCGAUCUGUACGUGUUGGAAAGAGCGAUUAACAGUACGCAUAUCGACUCGGAGUUUCUUUUCGAUAACAUUCUGGAGGGUUAUAAGGAGCAUAACUUAAAACAAUAUAAUAUUGUUUAUAAGAAACUUGAAGAAAUUCGUUUGAGAGGACGUAAAAGGGAUAUGGUCGGAUGA